CUGCCACUUGUGUUGUACAGAAGUUUUCUUAUCUCCUCUGCUUGCCAAAGGCUGUUUCAUUGCAAAAGCAUUCACCCCCUUGUCAUUGCUCAUAUUUUACUGCCUCACAAUCUGGAAAUAAAAUAUAUAUUUUUUGUUUGCUCCAUUUAAUUGGCUGAACAUGCCUACAAACUUUGAAAGUGUAUUUGUUUAAUUGUGAAGCAAACAAUAUAUACAACUAAAAAGGGGGCGGUGCCGAAUAAAAGUGGAUCUCCCGGUGGGGCCGUGCGUGAGACAACCACUUCUGUGCCAUUACCAGGCUUUUGCAUAUGCGUAAUUGCGCGCGGUCAAUGAGAUGUUCCACUUUGAAUAUGCUGCGCAAAAACGCAGCGCUGCCGCAUCAAAGCUCAUUGAUGGGUAGAUGGCAGAGACGUGGGGGGACACGAGACAGAGCAGAGGGGUGUGUCCAUCCAAAAAGUUUUCCUCAAUGGGAUACCUGUAGGCUCCAGGCGCUUCGCAUAAAUACUCCCCCCUUAAAGAGUGGCUUCAGUCCUGAGGGAGAGACGGAGAGACGGCAUUUGUUUCAGGGUGGAUUAUUUGGCUGGAUUAUGAACGGGUUUGGACACCAGCCUGCAUCAAACCACCAGAGCAGCCCCGUUCAGCACCACAGCGCCCAGGAGCUCCUGGACAUGGCCGUCUACUGCGAGAACUACGGUGUCUACCAGCAGAACCUCCACCACCACCACCCGCAGAGGCCGCCGGCCCACUCCUCCAGCUACGGCCUGGGUGACUACACCUCCCCGUCGGCCAACCCCUACCUAUGGCUCAAUGGACCGGCCAUCAACUCCUCGCCGUACCUUCCCGGGAACAACGGCUCGUCUUACAUGCAGCCCGGGUACGGCUCGAACCAGAGGCAGUUCCUGCCGCCUCCAAGCGGGUUCGGUGGAGCCGACCUGGGCUGGCUUUCCAUCUCCAGCCAACAGGAGCUCUUCAAGAUGGUCAGGCCGCCGUACUCCUACUCUGCCCUCAUCGCCAUGGCCAUCCAGAGCGCACAGGACAAGAAGCUGACGCUGAGCCAGAUUUACCAGUACGUGGCUGACAAUUUCCCCUUCUAUAAGAAAAGCAAAGCUGGGUGGCAGAACUCCAUCCGGCACAACCUGUCUCUGAAUGACUGCUUCAAGAAGGUAGCGAGGGACGAGGACGAUCCAGGAAAGGGGAACUACUGGACUCUGGACCCGAACUGUGAGAAGAUGUUCGACAACGGGAACUUCAGACGGAAGAGGAAAAGGAGAUCGGAUAUAAACGGCGCUCUCCCGGUCAAAUCGGAGGACGCUCCGCAUAAACUCUGCGACACCGCCAGCCUCCUGGCGCCUUCCCCGCCCAGCCUGCACGGAUCCCCGGCCUCCACGGAGCCAAAGUCGUCGCCGCCCCCUUCCGCCGAGCACAGCCCGUGUCUCAGCAGCUUUGUGUCCGGCGUCAACUCUUUGCUGGCGGGGAGCGACGGCUCCGGGCUCCCCGGGGGAAUGUCCCAGAGCAGGGACAGCAUGUCAGGACUGGCCUCCUACUCCCCCUCUUUAAUCCCCCCUCUGAACUCUGACAACAGUAGAAUGAACUACUACACAUCGGCGCAGAGCCUCUCCAACCACUUCAGCGUAAACAACCUCAUAUACAGCCGGGAAGGAACAGAGGUUUAGACUGUUUGACGGUUCUACUGUAUGGAACUCCAAAAGUGCCAUAUGUGGAUAAAUAAGUGGUCAUGUUGUUACAUGUGUGUCAAUAAUUAAAGUAUAGCAACGAAUACAUUUAUUAUAUAUGGCAACAUUUUGUGUUUAUUUAACAAUAAAUAAAUAAUUUCAAUUGUUUUACCAAAUACAAAUGUGUUAAAUAUGCAUUUCACCAAAUAUGCUUUUAACCAAAAAGAAAACAAUGGGGGGAACCGCGUCACAGUUAAUUUCCCUAUUUUAUUAUUUAAUGGUUUUCUGUGCUGUAUAGUUUGAAAUUUGACAGAUUUCAAUAAAAACAUUUGCAUAUAAAUUAGAUACGAUUUGACACAAAUACCAAAAUUGUAAAAUGUUUAUUUUCACGUAUGUCAAUAAAUAUAUAUAUAUUUUUACCUAAACUGAAUUUACAAACUAAUACAAAGCUAAGUGCUUGGAGAUCCAUAGUGUCAACAUUGCCAUAAAUAAAUAUUGACGUAACUGCUUUUAUGUGGUCAUAAAUUUAGAACACCGACAUAAUUUUUAACACAUGUAUUUUAACUAUCAUUUUUCACAAGCAAAUAUAUUUCUCUUUUAACCAUAUCAUGAUAAAAUAUGGAGGUCCAAAAUUGCCACUUUUCAUACAUACUGUAAUUUAAGAAAUAUGUCAUAAUUCCGUACCUUUGAUUAACAAAAUAAACCCUUUCAUUGUUUUUUGUUGUUUUUGAUGUUGCAUUCUGCUGCACAUUAAUUUUUAUCUGGCAGCCAUACCCAAAGUAUGUGUCAAGCAAGGCAAAUGCUGCUCUGUAAUCAUAUAAUUAUUCUGGUGUAGGCUAACUGUGCAGGUUAAUAGAUCAGAUGUCAUCUGACAAAUCACAAUGUGUUAGUUUAUGAUACACUGCAGAUAAACCAUGAAAUAAUUCAGAAUUUUUCACUUUAAAAUAAAACUGCCAAUUGUAAUGAAUCCCCAAGAUGAAAAUUAUAUUUUCAGUAAAUAAAAAAAUAACAAUAAAGAAAAUAAAUUGAAAUAUUUCCAGUUUCUUUUUAGUCAAGGCGUGUAUAAAUUGCUUCAUUUAUUACAGUUUGGCACUUUUGGCAUUACUAAUCAUAGUAACCUUUGCCUUUUUUAUGUAAGUACAUUUGGUUUGGGUGACUUCGUUGCAGCUACCUUGAAUGAUUUUUGCAAUAUUACCUUUUAUUCUGGUAAAACUACAUCAACACGUAAUUCUGUCAAACGCAAGUUUAAACUUGCAGCUUUAUUUUCAUCUGAACAUCUUAACUCUUAGACCUGAUGGAUGUAUAUUUUGUGUAUUUCUACUUUUUAAAUGUUACUAAAGUGAUUUGUUUGCAGGAACCUUUGUCUUGGACAUGAAGACCUCCUUGUGCAGAAAUUGUUAU